AUGGAGACCAGCAGCCCGCGGUCCCCAAGGCCCAGCCCUAGUGCAGGGUUGAGCCUGGACGCACGGCUGGGCGUGGACACGCGCCUCUGGGCCAAGGUAUUGUUCACCGCGCUGUACUCGCUCAUCUUCGGGCUGGGCACGGUGGGCAAUGCGCUGUCCGUGCACGUGGUGCUGAAGGCACGGGCCGGUCGUCCCGGACGCCUGCGCUACCACGUGCUCAGCCUGGCGCUGUCGGCGCUGUUGCUGCUACUGGUCAGCGUUCCCAUGGAACUCUACAACUUCGUGUGGUCCCACUACCCCUGGGUCUUCGGCGAUCUGGGCUGUCGUGGCUACUACUUCGUGCGGGAGCUGUGCGCCUAUGCCACGGUGCUGAGCGUAGCCAGCCUGAGCGCAGAGCGCUGCCUGGCUGUGUGUCAGCCGCUGCGUGCCCGCCGCCUGCUCACUCCGCGCCGCACCCGCCGCCUGCUGUCCCUGAUUUGGGUCGCCUCACUGGGCCUUGCCCUGCCCAUGGCGGUGAUCAUGGGACAGAAGCAUGAAGUGGAGGGGGCCAAUGGGGAGCCCGAGCCCGCCUCGCGCGUGUGCACGGUAAUGGUGAGCCGCGCCACACUCCAGGUCUUCAUCCAGGUGAAUGUACUGGUGUCCUUCGUGCUUCCCUUGGCACUCACCGCCUUCCUGAAUGGGGUCACUGUCAACCACCUGAUGGCCCUCUACUCCCAGGUACCAUCAGCCUCUGCCCCAGUCUACUCCAUCCCCAGCCGCCUGGAGCUCUUGAGUGAGGAAGGCCUCCUGGGUGUCAUCGCGUGGAGAAAGACCCUGUCCCUGGGGGUCCAAGCCAGCCUGGUGAGACACAAGGAUACCAGCCAGAUCCGCAGCCUCCAGCACAGCGCCCAGGUUCUCAGAGCCAUUGUGGCUGUAUAUGUCAUCUGCUGGCUGCCGUACCAUGUCCGCAGGCUCAUGUACUGCUACAUCCCUGAUGACGGGUGGACUGACACACUCUACAAUUUCUAUCACUACUUCUACAUGGCGACCAACACGCUCUUCUACGUCAGCUCGGCAGUGACCCCGGUCCUCUACAACGCUGUGUCUUCUUCCUUCAGGAAGCUCUUCCUGGAAUCCCUCAGCUCUCCAUGUGGUGAACAGCACUCCCUGGUGCCCUUACCCCAAGAAGCCCCAGAGUCACCCCCUAGUACAUACAGUUUCCGGCUUUGGGGAUCGCCAAGAAACCCCAGCCUGGGUGAAAUACAAGUAUGA